AAAGCGGCAAUAGCAAAACAAAAAACAACACGAUGGUAAAAGUAGGUUGUGCAAUCAAAAUAAAGAUUAAUAAAGGUUACAUACUGUUUCAAGGAUAUCCAAAUGCAAAAAGUAUAAAUCAUUGACGAACAUGGCUGGUAGACCUAGAACCUUUAAUAAUACAGCGAAUCAUUUAGAUGCUGGGGCUGGUCAUGGAAUACCACCUUCUCAAACAUCCCAGCAAGGACUAAAGUCUGUAUCCAUAAAAGAAAGUGAUGUUCCUGUUAAAACAGUUUUUACACGUCACCCUAAAGAAGUUGAAUGUUUUAGAAAAUCCAAAUAUUUUACUGAUCUUAAAUCAAAGCAUGUAAAAGUUUUAAUGAACGGGGAUCAGGUUGUUGUUGCAGGUUCUGAUGAAAAAAGUAUAAAACCAAUAAAACGGAAAGUGGAAGACCAGUUCACUAAAAUGAAAAGUAAAAAAGUGGGAGUGAACAGUUCAAUAGCAAGUUUACUGACUAUGGAAGAUGUCAUGUCUUUCAUUGACUUGAAACUGGAUAUUCCAAAUAAAUCGGUAGCUUGGGGAAUUGAAAUAAUGAUAGCUGAAAAAUAUUUGAUAGUGUUUGCAUUAAAUGAGAGGGAUGCUGAUGAAAAUUUAAAACUGGUUAUGAGAUGUAUCACAGAAAUUAGAUUUUCUUUGGAAGAAAUUCAAUCUGAAAACAUUCAGCACAUAAUUAAAAGAAAUAGUUCAAGAUUGAUUUCUACACAAGACAGGAAGGGAAUUGUAAUUUAUACCACUCAAGAUAUUCAUGACCAAUUAUUUUCGAAAAAUGCUGGUACAAUAUCUGCUAAAGAAGCAAAGUUGCAAGCACAGAGUCCGAAUCAGCAAAUUUCAAGGACUUCAACUAAAAAGAUGUCUGAAUCUGGUGGUACUGGUAACGACACUCCUCAUAUGUUAGGAAGUCUGACAGGUGAAACAACAGAAAAAGUUACAGAAAGAAAGUCUGCUCAAGUGGCCAUGACCAGUGGCAUUCAACUCCCUGCACACUGGGUCGAUAUGGGUAAUGAAAUGUUCAUGAAAAUUGCAAUUACACCUGGUGAAGAUACGAUUCAAAAUUAUGAAUGGGAAAAUAUUCAGAGAAAAUUUGAAUCAACACUGCCACAAGCCAGGAUAGUUUCAAUUCAAAGAAUAUAGAAUGUAUUUAUGUAUGAGCAUUUUAUCUU